UUUGAGUAGCCAAAAUAUGAAUUUUAAGUUUGGCUUCAAAACAUCGCUAGUGGCAAUUUGUAUAAGCCUCCCUACACUUAGUCUCAUUUGAGUGUAGACUGCAGAGCAGUUCGCGUAGAAGCGGAUAAAGGUGGCCCCUGCAGACCACUAAAAGCGCGAUAUUUCUAAAGAAAUUGAAAGUGAAAGUGCCAUGGAAAGGAACGUGUUUUUUCCCCAACUACAGCUAUGUCAGCAUAGACGUUCACUUAUAGGAUCCUUCAGUCAGCCAACUUAAAGGACCGGACUGGCUUUUCGCGAACAUUAGAUAAUGGCCUCCAAGCAACCCUUCUCUGACGAGGACUUCACGUGCCCCGUGUGCUGCGACAUCUUCAAGGACCCGGUUCUCCUCUCGUGCACCCACAGCGUGUGCCGCGGGUGUGUUAGACGGUACUGGAGUGUCGAGCGCUCUCAAAGAUGCCCGCUGUGCAGGAAGCAAUCUGCUCGCAAUCCCCCCCUCAACCUGGCUCUGAGAAACUUGUGCCGGACCUUUCUCGAGGUUAGAGAGGACCCCGAAGUGCUUUGCGAUAUUCACAGCGAGAAACUGAAACUGUUCUGCUGCGACGAUGGGCAGCUUGCAUGUGUUGUGUGCAGAGACUCAAGCAAGCACCAGAGUCACAGGUUCUCUCCUGUCGAUGAAGCAGCGGAUGAACUUAAGGAUAUUAUUAAGCGUGCACUGAAGUCAAUGACAAAGAAAGUGAGGAACCUUCAAGAGGCCCGGUUUAACUGUUACCAAAAAGUUGAUCACAUAAAGCAACAGGCCCAAUAUGUAAGGAAUCGGACUGAGAAGGAGUUCGACAAACUCCAUCAGUUUCUCCAAAAGGAACACAGAGCCAUAGUGACUAAGCUGAAGGAAGAGGUGCAACUAAAAACACAGAUGCUGGAAAAGGACAUAGCAAUAAUGAAUAAGGAGGCGCGCUCUCUCUCCAAAACCAUAAAUGAAAUAUCGAAGGAACUAGAAUGUGAAGAUGUCAAAUUCAUAAAGAGUUUCGAGAAAACUCUGAAGAAAGCCCGCUGCACACAGGUGGAACCAGACGAGGUUUAUGGAGAGCUGAUUGAUAUCACAAACUACCUGGGCAACCUGCAGUUCAGAGUCUGGAAGAAAAUGAAGAAAAUAAUCAAAUACAGUGAGUCUGGUAUUGCUCAGGUUAAUUUCAGCAUUCUGCACGUUAAAUAGAGCUCCAGGUGACCAGGACAGCAGCUAUGUCCAAACUGACCACUUUGGGACUCCACCAGAAUCAAACUCUGUCGAGCUCUCGGUAUCGCCAAAAAAAAGAGCAAAAUAUUGAGAGAGAGAGAAAGGAGUGAGGUAUGUGGCCAUACCACAGUGAGGUAUGUGGCUGCUCUUUCUCUCUAAAGAUUUUAAGCCUUUGUCUGUCUGCAUUCAGCUGGGGUUCAUCAGCGUUUGUCAGCCGUGGACUGUUCAGUCACUGCGCGCUUGUGCAUCCUUGUCUGCAUGCGGUGGCUUGUGCACAAGAAGGGUGCUGAAACUGGGUGUGCCGGUGUGGUUCAGAACCUUGGAGAGCGUAUAGGUGCUCUCAGGUGGCUCAAAGGACAUUAGAAUUGUAAAUCUGCAGCUUGUAAAAAAUAUGUCAGAUGCACCUAUUGAUGUCUUGCCUCUUCAGGUCCCAUCAUCUUGGACCCAAACACUGUUCACUGUUGAUGAUUUGCGCCUGUGUAUUGUUUCAUGUUUAUUAGUUCAUGUAUUUAAACCCUGUCUUGUUCCCUGUGUCUUGGCUUUCAUCGAAAGCCCCUAUUUGUAUUGGAAGUCCAGUUUGUGAAUGGAAUCAGUGCCUUCAUGUUUGGACGCCUACACCUAUGUGACUCUUUGCUUAUUCCUAGUCUUGCUUUAUCAUAUCCUCUGUGUAUAACCUCCUAGCCCUUCUUAUCAUGUAUUUUCAGACUCUCCGGGUUGGUAACUUGACCCUAAACUGUUCUAACGAUGCUGAUUCUGCAU